UUUGGGCUUUUACGUUUACAUGAAGUCUUCUUUUGCAUUAUAACAAAGCUGUUGGCUGAGUAAGAGGAAGCAACUAUCAGCUUGAAUGAUUUUGACCUCAACUUCCUUGUACACAAGCAGCCAAUUACAGCGUUGGAAAGCUACAAAAGUUGGCUGGUACAAUAAAAUAUCUCUGUAGUUACACUUGACUUCAACUGAGAAGGAUCACCGUGUCAUUCUACGUGCUUGUAUUAAGCAGUGGCCCUGAAAAUGAGCACCUAUCCUGUGAUGAACCAGCCAGGGGUCGUGAUUGUCCAGCAAGGCAGCGGCCAGUGGCAGACGGACUUAUUUGAUUGCUGUGACGACUGCGGAGUCUGUCUCUGUGGCGUGUUCUGUACCCUGUGUUUGGGAUGCCAGGUUGCCUCAGACAUGGAUGAAUGCUGCCUCUGUGGCCCAACCAUGGCAAUGAGGUCUCUCUACCGGACAAAAUAUGGGAUCUCGGGAUCCCUGCUAGGGGACUUCUUCGCUACCGGGUGCUGCCCUCUCUGUUCCCUUUGCCAGCUCAAAAGAGACAUCAACAAAAGGAAAGAAAUGGGGAUAUUCUAGGAAGAUCUGCUGGCAUUACACAGUCGUAUGUCCUGGAGCUUCUUGUGCAUAUAUGCAUCAUCAUCCCUCAUAAUCAAGCCAAUCAUUGCUUUGAGUGAUAUAUGGAGUUGAUAUAUUGGACAUUAAUACGUGGGCGUUUUUCACACAGCAGGCUUUACUGUGAGUUUGAAGUGGCCCCCAAAAGACUGGCACAAAAAGUGGAUUUUUUAACCCUGGAUAUAAUCAGGCUACACUAAUAUGCAAUGAAAAACCCAAACUGUGUGUGAAGUGCUCCCCGAUAGCUCACAGGGACUUUGAAAUAAAUCUGACUGAUAUGUGAACACAGACCCUCCAUUCCGGAGUGAGCUAAAAGCACUGUGUGAAAAACGCCCUGGAAUAAAACACACACACUGCCCCCCCCCCGCCGUGAAUAUGUCAUUUUGUUACUGGAAAUGUUUUUAGAAAUUAAUAAAAGGCAACUGCACACUU